AUGAAUAAGUCAAUUAUCGAACGUAUAUUCCCUCACUCUCCUUCCAAUGUCCUGCCUCAGUACGAAGAUGAGUCCCCUCGUCGUGCCAGCUCCAGCAGCUCCUCCAACCAUAUCUCCCUAAGAGACUCGACCACGACUUCUCCUGUGUCCCCAGCGUAUGCUGGACGCAGCGUACUCCAAACCGCCCCACUCAGCGCGUCUGUUGUUCACCAUGAUGACCCCUUCCUGCCUGUUGAACGAGCGGCCAAAUCUCUUGAAAGAGCACUACAGAGUCUGAUCGACGCUCAGUCCGACGCAUUGGAGGCCACCAUUCCUGAAGAGCCCCGAGAUGACGGUUCCUCCUUCGGUAGCCCCACACCUACACCUUCGCUCACGCCGACACACAAGCAUGAGCUCGGCCCCAAGACGAUGCCCAUCAGGCAGCCCAGGCCGAAGAAGCCUUCGCUACGAAGUGCAAGAAGGGGUCUUACGAAGACCAUGCAGGAGUUUGCCCGGUUGAAGGGCGAAGAGCUACGAAUUGCAGCGGCCGAAGCGCACAGCCGCGAGCAAGCCUUACAGAAAAGCAAGGGAUACGAGGAGAAGCGAAAAUCGCUCGACGUGGCGAUGCAAGCUGCACAGGGUGAAGAACCCACCGCCGGUGCCGCUGCCCUCCGCUCCGAAGCGUCCAAGGUCGAACAAGAGAUUCACGAAUUGGAGGCACAUCUCUUUGAGCUCCGGACUAGGCAUCGGCACCUCACUGCUCAAGCCGAACAGUAUGAGAACACAGUUGAAUCCAAUCUCAGCUCCUACCGCCAUUCUUUGUCGACCAUCGAGCGAGACGUACGGCAGUUCCUGCGCCACCCUCCUGUACCCUGCAGCCUCUCUAAUUACGACGAAACCCGCUCGACUCGUGGCGGCAUGUACGCCCUCAAAGCCGACCGGCGCACGCUCGAUAUGGCGCAGGAACAAUGGACAGCCGAGCAGGCGCUGUUGGAGCGGCGAAGGACCAAUGCCGAGCGGGAGCAGCAAGCCCUCCAGCAAGGCGCCGAACUAUGGCGCGCCGCAACCGAGCGGAUCAACGCAUUCGAGAAAGGCCUCCGACAGCGAGUCCAAGCUGGCGAUCCCGCGACCGGUGACCAUCUCACUCAGAGCCUCGACGAGCUCAUGGCCUCCCUGAAGACAGACAUUGCCGUCGCUGAAGAAAAGAACUGGCGACUCUUAAUGGUGUGUCUGGGGGCCGAGCUAGCCGCCUUACGCCGGGCUCGCACAAUCCUAACAGGCGAGGAGCUACCUGAACCACCAGCCCAACUACCGCCACAGACGAGCGUCGAAGAGCAGACCGAUGACGAAUCAGGCGACCCGCCUCAAGAUCUGUUGAAUGGAGGAGGAAGCCAUCAUUUCCGAAGUCCCAGCGUGGGCAGCAACCAGAGCUUGCAGGACACAUUGAGGCAAUUCAACGAUACUACCGACGAAGGCAAGGAGCAUGCGAGGAAGCCGGCCAUUGCCGGUGCCGGUGCCGCGGAAAACAAGUUGGCCCACCCAGGCGACAGCGACGACGAUGACCCAGGCCCGGACUUUCUCGUGUCGCGUACAUAA